AUGGCUAACUAUCCGCCGAUGGAAUUGGAAGUCAUGCGGCUGCUGCAGCCUGGGUUCUCCAACGCGCUUGAACCGUUGAUCACUUCCCAGCUAUCGUUCGACUCAUUCUCCAGCGAGACAAUCUCUGCAAUAAUGAAAGUCUGGUUUAACCCUGAACUCGCCCACCACGUGCGUUCCUUCGAAGUUUGUUGGUGUUAUACCGAGGAGGAAGACCAAGAAGUGGAAGGAUUUGAUAAAGAGGGUGUCCUCAAAUUCGUCGACUAUGCACUAGACACCAUUUUCGAACCCAAGGAAGCAAAAUCGCGAGCCAAAUGGAAAGAACACCUAUUGAUGCCGAAUGAAGAGGCUUGGUUCGGACUACUACUUGUGCGCCUGCAUCACCUGGAAACGCUCGAGUUUGGGCACGAAAGUACCUAUGGCCUUGUGAUCGAUAUCUUGCGCAAAGCCGCGCGACGUCAGCGGCCUUUCCAUGAAGAUCCUCCAUUUCCCUGCCUCAAGAAAAUUAUCAUGAAUCCUCAGUGGGGAGGCACGUGGGCUGAUUCCAACUUUAUUGAUCCCUUCUUCUUCUUUCCGGCUGUUGAAACCAUCGAGUGUCGUGCAAUCGGCGAGUCGGACUCUUCAGAGAACACUCCAGUCGUGACGACCCGCUCCACUCGCCCUGUCCGUAAGAUAACUGUUAAGGAAGCCUAUUGGACUCACGGCUUGUUUGACUGGCUAGAUGCGUGUACGCAGCUGGAACACCUGUCAAUCAAGCUAGCCUUGCAACGGGAUGAUGAACCCUCGGAAGAAUAUCGAUUUCGUGCUCCGCAAUUCCGUCAGCACCUCCUUCGCUCCCGAUCGACACUGAAGACGCUUCAUCUUGGUGCGACGCAGACUUUGACAGGCCUGGCAGGUGAUCUGAUCGAUGAGGAUGGACCAUUAGGCUCUUUGCAGGUGUUCACCUACCUCCAGGAUCUUGACGUCCGACAUGCCCAUCUGCUCCCAUUGGCCUCGCGGGUAAGGACGGUGAGGCGCCACACGCGACUCCUCAGAAUACUUCCUGCCUCGAUCCAGCGUCUGAAGAUUAGGCACGUUGUCGAUGAGGACUUUGGUAGUCUUCUGUCUGAGCUGCUGAAUGUGGUGCAGCGGCGGGACUUGUUUCCUCGGCUUGAAGAACUCAUACUCAAGGUUGAAGAUGUAGAGAACAAGCCAUUGGAUUCAUUGAGACAAGCAUGUACGGCCGCUGGUAUUACAUUUACUGCUCAAUUGCAGAAGGUUUGGUUUAGGUUUCGUCGCAAUUGA